GAUAAAUGACAGUCUCCAAACUCGGCAGAACCAAUCAUCUGUUUGUCUCACUCAAACAUACUCAAAUUCAACGAAGAUUGUAAAUCUGAAGCACGAAUUCUUUCGAAGAACAAAUUUACUAUAUGAAUUGUCAGGUUUGAGAUUUCUCAAUCGACUCUAUGGAGAAUUGUUAUACCUGAUUAUGCUUUUACUUGUUAUAAACGGUCUAUUAUGUAUGGACCAGGUCAUUUAUCUAAUGUGCAACAACAAAGUCAUCAUCAACAGCAACAUCACCAGAUGGUUGCAAGUCGUGUGCCUCCGCCGACUUACCCAUCGGUGUCCCAGAGCGAGUUUCCCGGGGGACCUCCUUGUGGACCGCAACAGAACCCAGAGGUGAUUUAUUACAACCGACCGGGUGGUAAAGACCCGAAGGCUUUGAGUUGGGAAAAGUUUGAAGCCAACAAGAAAGCGAGAAUGGGUUAUCUGAACAAAAAAAUUCACCGGAUGAUUGUUGAGGAAAAAGCUCAUCAGAAGUACGUAGUUGAUAAUUUGGGGCACACGAAUCAAAAUAACAUAUUGCCACCCACUCAGCAAACGAUGAGUAGAAGUUUAAUCAAUCCUCAUCGAAUUCCAACAACCCGGGAUCCUAGUAGUCCCACAGGAACCCCAAUGGUGCCGCUUCAAACUCCCUUCAAUGGUGUUAUGAUUCAAAACAUGCAACCUCAGUACACAUAUGACGGGACAAUUUACCACACAGUGCCUAGAGGUGUUCAAAUGAUGAGUACGAAUUAUGGGAUAGGAGAGGUGUCAUUUCAUCAGCAGAACCCAUCGCCAGUUUCAUCAUGCACACCUGUCAAUCAAAGUUUCUCAUCAGUGUCAAACGUCUCCAAUGGGAGUCCUUGUUCAAUGAAUGCGUCUUAUUCCUCCACUCCUUCCCAUAUGUCUCCAAGUUCCAAUUCAAACAGAAGUGACUCAGGUUCCACUCACGGCGCAGUUUCAGCCAAUCAUAGCAUGCAAAAUCCAAGUGCAGUAAUGACCCAUGUACAAUCAGGUGUGCAAGUAUGUUCACCUUUGUCAAACUCAAGUGCCAAUCAAUCUAUAGAUAGUCAACUGAUGUCAGUGCAGUCCAGCUCUAGUAAUGAUUUAUUUGGAAACAACCAAAAAAUCAAUUUUAAUACAAGUGCUGAGGUGCCUGCAAUUAUGCAGAAUAAUAUUUCUGACCGUAACUCCCCUGCUUCGGAUUGCAGAUACCAGGCAUCGCCGUUUAGCCAAUCAGUCGCCUCAAAUACGGGAAACCAAGGACCAGUUCAAUCUGAACCUAGUUCAAUUCCUAUUGGACAUAAUGACUCAUUCGGCGAUCUAGGGAUACCUGCCGAUUUAGACCUUAGCGGGAGCUUUGAAGAAGAUCUGUUUAGACCUGAUGAUUCAUUCGGACUCGAAUUGAGCAUGAACAGUUCUUCCAACAUUCAGUCGACUGAUUUGUUUUCUUGAGACGAUUCAGCAACAUGAAGCCAUUUAAUAUUUGCAGCUUUGAGCGAUUUUUUUUCUUUGUACAUUCCAAAUAGAUUCUAUCGCAUCGCCGCUUGUCCAAAUUGCUAGCCCCCAAAUAA